AUGAAAAUUCCUUUAUCGCCCACAUUAUUACAAUUUGAAAGUAUAUUUUAAUCAAAUCAAAAUUUCUGGUCUUUAAGUCCUUAGGAGUUAAUUAAAUACGACUUGGAGAAAAGAUUCAUAGUAAUUAUUAAUUCAACAAUAAAAAUAAAGAAGCUGCGAAUAGGCGGCGGUUAUAUCUAAUAUUCAGAUAAUAAAUACAUUGAUAUUCAUAACAUAGAAAUGCAAUUAACUCGUAAUACUUAGAUUAACUCGCCAGGAGUUAAAUUAAGAAGACAAAAUUAGACUUUAGAAAUAUAUGGAGAUAUAGAUGAUUGGGUGGAAUAUUUAAAACCCUUCUCUAUAUAAUUCUACUUUUAACAAAGAUAUUCGAUUUAGAAAAAAAUUGAAAAAGGAACAUUAUAAAAUUGGUUUACUGUCAAAUGCAAAUCUACUUCUAUUGAGUACUCAGUUCAUAUAAUAGAAAAAAAUAAUGAUUUAAAUCGAAGACUCUUAAUUCACAACCUGCAACUAUUGAGAAAUCUAAAAUUACAUAAUCUAAUAAAAAUGAAGGAAAUAUUUGAAAGUCGAAAUUUGAUUUACAUUGUAUGCGAAAACAUUGAGGGAACCUUUAUUGAUGAUUUAAGAUUGGAUAAAUAAUUAACUGAGUUUGACAUUUCAACCAUAAUGAGAAUUUUGUUUACAAUAUUAGAGUAUUUGCAUUUGAAUAAUGUUGUCCUUGGUCAUAGAGCUGUAGUAUCGAAUUUAUAUUUGAAGAACCCCAAAGAUUGGUCAUCAGUGUAUUUUAUUGAUCAUUUUGAUCUUCUAAGUCAGUACCAGAAUAAUAAUGAUUUUUAUUCAAAGGCUUAACUGGAUGUGAAUAGUUUUGGCAAUAUCAUGAAAUAUCUGUUGGAUUAUAAUAAUGAUGCAGCAAAACUUUAUAGUUAUGAUUUGCAAGAAUGGUCAAAAUAGGCUUUUGAUUUCUAUCAAAAAAUAAAUGAUACAACUAAAAAUUAUUCAUCAUACGAUGCUCUUUAACAUCCAUUUAUCUUUUAAAGUUCCAAAUAGAUAGUUGGAAGCUUUAAUUCUCGAAAAUUAUUUCAUAUGAGCUAAUUAGGAAUAUAAUCCUUAGAAAUUUCAACUGAAUUAAAUUCAAACAAUUAAUCAAGUUCGAAUAGUCCGAUAAAAAAAGGAAAAAAACUGAUUAAAAUUAAGCCUGCAGUUUCAACCCCGACUUCUCCUAUCCAAAAAGCAACAUUUGAAGAUUCAAGUUCUUAAGGUUCUAUUGAUAUGUUAAAAAAUCAGACGCUAUUAUUGAACCGUAAGUUGAAUAAAGUCCUUUGA